GAGAGAGAGGCUGAAGGGCACUUAACAACUUUUAUAUGUUGCACGCAUCCAUAGCAAGAAAUAGACGGAAGGCAGAAUACUAUUACAAAGGCUCAAGGAGACGAGAAAGGAAAAGAAAAAAACCCAACCGCAAAGUAAAGGCACAGAACACGAAGAAAGGAAAAGAUGGUACCAAAAAUGGAUGUCGAGGUACCAAUAGCAUCCGUGAAUUAAAAGAAAGAAAGCACGAGUAAUAGAAGAAGCUAAGGUGGAAAUGGGUCUCCUUUUUUUCUUGAGUUAAGCCUUAUCAUCCAAAAUUUUAGUCGUUCUUCCAGUUGAAAUUUGUCUCUUUUUUAACCUCUUCUUUGUAAUAUUCAAACUAACCCAUCUCUGUUUUGGUUUCUUCCUUUUUGUGAAACCGGUGGGUGGUGGUUUAUUGAUUAUUGGAAACUGGAGAGUUUUGGGUACUUGGGUUAUUUUCAGGUUCUUUUGUUUUUGAUUUUCUUACACGAAGGCGGCCAUGCCCCUACCCUCUGAGGAGUUUCAAAGGAAGGGGGCGUUAGAUUUCUCUUCUUCUACUUCUUCUUGCUCAGGUUCAUCACUUUUAAUUCAAAACCAACAUCAUCAUCAACAAGAAGAAGAAGAAGAAAAGUGGCAAAACAACAAGGAAGGUUGCUGCUAUGUAGGUAGUGAGCCCACAUCUGUUCUUGACACUAGAAGAAGCCCAAGUCCUCCAACAUCUUCCUCAACACUGUCUUCCUCUCUCGGCGGCGGAGGCAGCGGUGCCUCCACGGACACCACCGGCGUGGCGGCAACGACGGCUGUCUCUGGCAAGAAUAACAACGGCCAAUCCGUAGAUUUUGGAACGGAAAAAUGUGGUUUGGGUAUGGAGGAUUGGGAGAGCGUAUUGUCGGGGUCUCCUAGUCAAGAACAAUCCAUUUUGAAGUUAAUUAUGGGUGAUGUUGAAGACCCUUCUAUAGGAUUAAACAAGAUUCUUCAGUCAGGUGGUGGCUCUCAAGAUAUGGAGUUGUUCAAUGCAGGUUUCGGUGUGGUGGAUCAAGGUUUUACCUUUGAGUCCAUUACUAGUGGUGGCAAUUUGGUAAGCAACAUUGACCCUCCUCUUACUGGAAGUAGCUCUGAUUUUACAAGACUUGGUACGGUUUCAACCCCAACAAAUCCCGUAUUUACAUCUUCACCACCCAAUCUUUUACCUACUUCACUCCCUCCUGGUGCCUUUUCACAACAGCAGCAUCUUCAGCCCCUUGAAGCUUUGGAUGAAAAGCCUCAGAUUUUUAAUCCACAGGUGACAAUAAACCAAAAUCAAGCUCAGUUUACUCAAAAUCAGGCUAUGCACUUGCCACUUUCAUGUGCUCAAUUGCAAGAACAUCAUCUUUUAUCACCACCACCACAAAAGAGACUUAACUCUGGCUCAAGUGGACCAAACUAUCAGGUCCAUAAGUUUCCAUUUUCGGGUUCAGGACAGGAGCUUUAUGUUCGGCGCCAACAACAACAGCUCCAAAUGCUUCAGCAAAGGCCAACAACAAUUGGAAUGGCAGCAACAGCGAAACCGAAAAUAGUUAGUGAUGAAUUGGCGAACCAGCAGCUUCAGCAGGCGAUAAUCGACCAACUAAUCCAGGCCUCAGAGCUGAUCGAAACCGGGAAUCCGGUACUCGCGCACGGGAUAUUGGCGCGGCUCAAUCACCAGCUCUCUCCUGUAGGUAAGCCCUUUAUCAGGGCUGCUUUCUACUUCAAGGAGGCCUUAUCGUUACUCCUUCGUUUGAACACUACCAGCCCAUGGGCUUUGUCCACAUAUAACAUGAUUUUCAAGAUUGGUGCCUACAAGUCAUUCUCUGAGAUUUCUCCAAUCGUUCAGUUUGCAAAUUUUACUUGCAACCAAGCACUUCUUGAGGUAUUUGAAGGGUGUAGUAGAAUUCACAUUAUUGAUUUCGAUAUUGCGUAUGGUGGGCAAUGGGCUUCUUUGAUGCAGGAACUUGUUUUGAGAAAUGGGGGUGCCCCUUCUUUGAAAAUCACUGCCUUUGCUUCUCCAUCCACUCAUGAUGAGCUAGAACUUGGUUUCACUCGAGAUAAUCUUAAGCACUUUGCUAGCGAAAUCAACAUUGCUUUCGAGUUUGAAAUAAUGAGUCUUGACUUCUUGAAUUCUAGUUCUUGGUCGUUGCCUCUUCACUUACCUGAAAAUGAAGCAAUUGCAGUUAAUCUCCCAAUUGGUUCAUUUUCUAAUUACCCUUCAACCCUUCCUCUAGUCCUUCGUUUUGUAAAGCAGUUGUCACCCAAAAUUGUGGUCUCUUUGGACAGGGGCUGCGAUAGAACCGAUGUCUCAUUUCCUCACCAUAUAAUCCAUGCCCUUCAAUCUUAUUCUAGCCUCCUUGAGUCCCUUGAUGCUGUGAAUAUGAAUCUUGAUGCCUUGCAAAAGAUUGAAAGGUUCUUGCUUCGACCUGGUAUCGAGAAGAUUGUCUUGGGUCGACAUCGGUCCCCGGAAAGAACACCGUCUUGGAGGAGUCUGUUUGUACAAUCUGGAUUCUUUCCAUUGACUUUCAGUAAUUUCACCGAGUCUCAAGCCGAGUGUUUGGUUCAGCGGACUCCAAUUAAGGGUUUUCAUGUGGAGAAGAGGCAGUCUGCACUUGUUCUUUGCUGGCAGAGGAGAGAGCUAAUUGCUGCUUCAGCUUGGAGGUGCUGAAGAGGGGAGUUUUUUUAAUAUUGGUUCUACCAAUUCAACUUUGCUGCGAAGGUGCUUCAUAGCUCACUGCUUAAAGUUUUUUAUCUUUUUUUCUUCCUUAAAAUUUUUGUUGUCUGUGGUUCUCUUAAUCUAAUUGUCUAUGUGCCUUAAGCUUAUUGUUUACAAUCAAGAAACCAAACAUUCUAGUAACUUGAUGGCUUUGUACAGUCUUUUUUUUUUUUCUUAUUUUCAGCCUUUUACUUUGGAUGUGGGUAAACUGUUUUGGUUCUUUUUCCCGAUUUAAGUUGCGAUUGUUUGUUGUACACUUGACUUGACAACAUGGCAAAACAAGUUAUGGGAAAGGGGGAAUUAAUUUGACCUCAAAAAUUAA